CAUAAAGUCUAGAUACAAGCUUUAUGAGGAGAGAAUAAUUGAAUAUAUUUCACAAAUCUAGGGACUCUAUCUCACUCUAAAUUAAGAUGGGUUUGAGGGAUCAUUGCAUUAAUGUAGAAGACAAGAAUCUAUACCUUCAAACCCCAACUUUCAUUGAAUGGCUCAAACCAUCUUCCUCACUCUCAUCAUCAUCUCCUUCAUCUUCUUUACCUCAUCAUGAACACAAAUUAUCCCAAGAAACUUUUCAAUUUUUACCUAUCUUGAGUGGAACUAAGUCCUUUGAGGAAAACCAUGUGAUGCAAAAGGAAGAUUUUGAAGUUAAAGAAGAAAAGGUGGCUUUGCACAUUGGAUUGCCUAACACUAAUGAUGAUGAUCAUGAUGAGAAGAUUAAGGGUUUUCAUGUUAAGGAAGAAGAAGAAGAAGAAUUGAAGAAAAAUAUUCAUGGUUUUUCUCUUAAGGAGGAGAAAAGGUUUUGGAUACCAACUCCUUCUCAAAUCCUUGUUGGACCUAUGCAAUUUGCUUGCUCCAUAUGUAGUAAGACCUUCAAUAGAUACAACAAUAUGCAGAUGCAUAUGUGGGGGCAUGGAUCCGAAUUUAGGAAAGGACCAGACUCACUCAAAGGAACACAACCAGCAGCAAUGCUAAGGCUACCAUGUUACUGUUGUUCUCAUGGUUGCAAGAACAACAUCAACCAUCCAAGAGCAAAACCAUUGAAGGAUUUCAGAACUCUCCAAACUCAUUACAAAAGAAAACAUGGUACAAAACCAUUCAUCUGCAGAAAAUGUUCUAAAUCAUUUGCUGUUAAAGGAGAUUGGAGGACUCAUGAGAAAAAUUGUGGAAAGUUUUGGUAUUGCACUUGUGGUUCUGAUUUUAAACACAAAAGAUCUCUUAAAGAUCAUGUUAGAUCUUUCGGAAAAGGUCACUCACCAAACCCUUCUCUCGAAGGAUUUGAUGAUGAGAAAGAAUGCAAUACUGGAUCCGAUGAAGAUCAACAUUGCUAGAAAAAGUUGAAAUAACGACUGAAAUAAGAGAAAAUAAAAUAAAAUUGGUCAUCAAUUUUGGGGUGUCAGACAAAAUUGAAGAUGAAUUUUAUCUUUUUUUGUCUCUAACUUUUGUCGCUAUUUUAACUAUUAAUUUAAAUAUAAUUUUAAUCUCGGUUAUUACAGUAUGUUUUUGUUUUAGUCAUGGUAACUUUUUUUAUUUAAAUUCAGUUUCUACAAAUUUAAAAUUUGUUGUUUUUAGUUCUUCAUAUCAUAUGUGUAAUUCAAUAAAAUUACGUCAUCUGAUUCAAUAAGUUGACGUCAAGAAUUAAAAACCACAAUUUUUAAUUUGUAGGAACUGAAUUUUAAAAAAAAUACAAAAACUAAAACAAAAAAAUAAUAUAAUUGCAGAAAGAAAAUCAUAUUUAAACUUUAACUUUUCUAGCAAGUUGGUCAUGCAUGAUAUUAUGAUCUAAUUAACAUGCUAUAUAUAUAAUAUAUAGUUUUCCUAUAGUACUAUAUAAAGGGUAGUAUAGUAAUAACCAGUGACUGUAGCCGAGCUUAAUUGACCACUUGGUUAUGCUCAGUAACAAAAAAUUCUCAACAAUUUCUAAUUAAGGCAUGAAAUUAUUAGAGAAUUGUUCGCUAAUGAGCAUUUGCUAGGUGGCAAUUAUAAGCUAGCAGGAAUUAAAAUCUUAUUAGAGUUUAAUUUGUGUUGUGGUUAGUUAAAUAAGAUGGUUAAUUACCUCAAGUGAUGAAGCAUAUGAAUUUUUUUUUACUGAAAAAGUGUUACAUGUUGAUGUUUCUGUAACCUUUUCAGUGGGGAAAAUUUAUCCGCUUCAUUACUAAAUGGUAAUCCUCAUUUCAAGGACUUAUGUAUUGUUGUUUUAAUUGAGAUAUAUGUUAACACUUUGAUAAUAAUUUGUUAUGUAUAUGCAUAAUUUUAAUUGAGAUUUUAUAAUUUUUCA